CAUAUAAACUUGAGGUAGUGAAGCUGUAAUAACAUGAUUCAUCGUGAUUUCACCCUAAGAGUAGUGGGCUUUCUUUUGAAGGCAGAUCUCUAUGUGUGCUUGCAGCAGCAUUUUUGCUUGCGGAAGAGAGAUGAGAAAUAGCAUGUUGGCAUAUGAGGUCGUGGUACCUGUAGCAGAUGCACAGAAUUAGGCACACAUCAGCAGAAAAUGUCCUCCUGGGCAACAUGUGAUCCCACAGUUGAGGAAAUGUCUGAUGUGUGUCGCCUUUGUUCUUUACGUCUCAACUUCUGCUUUCUAAUAUUUCCAUCCCUAAUUACUGCCUGGAAUAUCAUGUUGUUGAUGUAUUUCAGGUUCAGCAAGGUUGAUGUCAUAGAAUGUAUUGUUUAAGUUGUUUUCCCAGCAACUAAGUUAAGCAAGAUUCUAAUCUCAGUUAUAAACAACAAAAAAUGAGACACAUUUGAGCUCACAUACAACGGGUUAAGCCUUUCUGGAAUGGUGGUACCAAUAGGUUGCUUCUUGGGGCCUUAGUCACAACUAUGAGCAUUAAGAUGUCUUCAGCCUUAUCCAUUUAUUGAACGAACGUUGGUAAUAACAUUGAGUGAUUUCACCCUAAGAAUAGUGGGCUUUCUUUUGAAGGCAGAUCUCUAUGUGUGCUUGGCCAUUUUCUGUCAGCCUUUACAUAGUAAAGUUUUAAUUUGUAUUAAUAAAGACAACAGCAUAUAUUUUAAGGCCAUCCCUCUCAAAAGAUUGAGGUUGACAAAGAGGGAAGGGUCCAUUAAACAAGCAUAGCUCAUAAGAAAGUGCUUGGGCAGGGAAUGUUGAAAGAGAGUGUGUGCGAGACAGAGGGAGCGACAGGCUCUCUCUGAGUCUCACUGAGAGGGAGGGGUGAAUGAGGGGAAGUGGAGAUGGCUUUCCCGUAAAUCAGCCAUAGCCAAUCACAAGCUGCCUCGCUCGCCUCACUCAGCUGGACACGAGCCAGAAAGAGAAAGAAUGAGAGAGAGAGAGAGAGAGAGAGAGAGAGAGAGAGAAUGAGAGAGAGAGAGAGAGCCUGUAAGGCACUGCUGCAAGGUUGACGGCUGUAGAAGUCAAAUGCAUACUUUUCUUCCUGCGCUGGGGACAAAAAGAAUCUAUCCGUGACAGAGAGGAAGCAAAGGUUCCUGCCCCAGCCUGCCUCAUUGGCAGGUGAAAAAUGGCGGUGACCGGGAGGUUUCUGAACUCCACCAUGCCCUUCAGAGGGCCACCCCUGAAGGGCUCCUUCGACAAAAGCAUCCACACCAAUCCCCCCCCAACAGAGCAGGACUUCAAGCACGAGGUCAAGGUGGGAAAGGAGCCCAGUGUGGCCCCUUAUAAUAGCGCUCUGGCCAGAGUCAUCACCCAUGGUACCGCAGAGCAGGUCGGAACCCAAUCAUUCAGGUCGCCCAAGCACACAUGCCAGUUCAUCGCCCAAGCCCAAUGUGAAUCUCCGGAGUCGCAGGAGUUCUCUCCCACGUACACAUCUCCCCCGCACUCUUACAGGCAAGAUUACAGACCCAGCCCUCCCCAGAGCAGCCACCUGUCCCAUGCUGAGCCCCCUGUGACAGCGCCCCCUGUGGAAACACAGCAGCAAGUUGGCAGGAGGAGGCAUAGGAGGAAGCAUCGGCGUCGGCGGAGGAGCAAGAAGGGGGAGGGAGUGCCCGGGGUGCCCGAACAGGAGACUGGAGAGAUUCCCCCGGAGUUGCAUCCUAUACACGCAGCUCUGACAGAACAGGGGGUGUUGUCAGAGUUCAGCAGCAGCAGCAGCAGCAGUGAGAGCGUUUGGGUCCAGGAGACUGGAGGCUGGGAGACCCCGUCAUCCAACCUCUAUUGCCACCCCUUCGGGCAUCAAAGCCUGGAUGUUGCAGGACCAGGUGCCCCAGACUCUGCCUCGGAGCUAGCUGUCAAGGCAUUCAGAGCCGUGGUAACCUAUGAGGAUAAGAGGGAUGGGAGGGAGUAUAUCACCCCCUUCGUGGAGGCAGUGGUGAGAGACUUCCGGGAGAAAGAGGACCAACCGCAGGAGGAUGAUAUCAACGAGGGUUUAAUCCUCCAUGAGAGGCUGAAGCCGGUGGAUUCUGAGUACCUGGAAGGCCGCGAGUACAGUAGCAGCCUGAUCAAAAGUGGUUCCUAUGGAGAUGUGUGCCGCAUCCGGGACAACAACACAGGUUUUGAGUGCGCUGCCAAAAAGGUGCCCCUAGAUCGGUUCAAAAGUAUGGAGGUAGGUGCGUGGAGCUGCCUGCUUCCCCUGCCCUGUGUGGUGGAGCUCUUCGGUGCAGUACGGGAGGGACCCAACAUCAUCCUCUUCAUGGAACUCAAGUCUGGCUCACUGGGGCAGCUCCUGGAGCAGCGGGGGCGGCUGCCGGAGGACCUGGCCCUGUACUACUUCACCCAGGUGCUGGGGGCGCUGGAGCACCUCCACCAGAGGCAGAUCCUGCAUCUGGAUGUCAAAGCUGAUAACGUGCUGCUGUCAGAGGAUGGGAAGAACACCUUUCUGUGUGACUUUGGACACUCAGAGAAACUGAAUACACAUGGCCAGUGCGUCAGACUAAAUACAGAUAUGAAAGGCACAGAGACACACAUGGCCCCCGAGGUGGUGAAAGCAGAGCGCUGCGGCACCAAGGCAGAUGUGUGGAGCUGCAGCUGCAUGCUCCUGCACAUGCGCACGGGCUGCCACCCGUGGACACGCCUCUACUCCCGCCCACUCUACCUCACGAUAGCCAAUGAGCCGCCACCCUUGAGGGAGAUUCCACCUGACUGCAGCCCCCUUAUCACUGACAUCUUGAAGGCGGGACUUCAGAAAGAGCCAAUGAGGAGAGCAUCACCGUCAGAGCUGAGGGUACAGGCAACACAAGCCCUCCAAGCAGUGGGUGGACUCACCAGCCCUGUUAAAGGACCGUACGUAAAACCAUUGAAGAAGUUAGACAGGCAUAACCCUGCCCCGACUGAUGCCACCGCCACCACACCCACACCCACACCCACAGCCACACCCCACCCCACCCCGCCAGCCUCCUCAGCCAGUCUGUCCCCGGUGCCGGGGCGAAAGAGAACCACCUCCAGGUCGAAGACUUGCACUCAGCCGGAGGAGCGGGAGUGGGAGACACAAGAGGAGGAGGGGGAGCGUUCGCCACUGUCUCCAGCUCCUCUGCACACAGUCAACGUGACCGCCGCCACCACUGCCUCCGAGCAGGAGCCAUGCAAGCUGGAGAGGGGUGAGAGGGUCAUCAUAGACUUCUUCCUCAGUAGUCUCUCUCUGCCCCACACUGCUGAGAUCCAGGAGCAGCUCCUCUCCUGCCUGAGCAGUGAGGGGCCCUCACACUUGGACUUAUGGGACAAAAAGGACUCAGGCCGCUGGUCUCUCAGCCCGGGUGAAGAUCUGAGCUCAGGUGUGUUUUCCAGCAACAGCCAAUCAGAGAGCCAACGCUUCAGCAUGGACUGGCUGGGCACUCCCCACCUGCAGCCUCCCCUUUGCCUAGGAGGGGUGGAUGUUUGCAUCCAGGACUUCGACGGCCGAUGUAUUCGCAUCCGUGAGAAACCCAAAGUCAGUGUGGGCCACAUCGCCCGUGGAAUCAGUGAGCAGAUCUCAGAGCCGGUGUUUAGCCUGCAGAGUAUGGAUGGCCGUCCUGUGUCACACAAUGAGGAAGUGCAAGAGUCCGGCCUCCUCCUGCGCUGUGUCCACGCCCCUGACUGUAACCACUCUGGCCACACCCCCUCCUGCACUCUGCCCUGGAGGUGGAGGAUCAAAGAUGGCUGCCUGGAGGCCAAAAACUGAAUUCUUCUACUUGUUUAGCCAUAUCCACAUCCCUUCAUCCUUCUUUUGUGAUCUUGUUGCUGUCCAUGAGAACGUUCAGGUUUUAUUCUUGUAGAUAGGGGGAGCAAGCAGAACGUUUUUGGCUAUCAUUUGGUACUAAGCUUUGCUAGAACAUUUGCAGUAUGAGUUUUAGCAGCUUUGACCUUAUCUUUGCAUUUUCAGAGUAUCCAUGUAAACUUGCUCAAUGUUUAAGUCCUUGCUGUGAGUAUAUGUUGUAUUCAAUUGCAUUUUCAAGUUUUAUGUUACGGUUUAUGUUACUGUUUACUUUAAAAGCUGUAUUGAAGUUGCAGGAAGAAAGAAGAAAUUGUCCUGUACUUUGUAAUCAGCAGCUAAAAUGUUACCAUGGCUGGACUGCAUCAACCAAUCAGGAGAGCCUCACACUGCCAGGACACACUGCCUUCAAAUUAUCUUGAAUGUACUGUACAUUGCACAUUUAAGAGAUGAGUUUAACAAGUUAAAAAACACUUUGAGCAGCAUUAAAAUUCAAAUCUUUUACCUCAACUGGCAUUUUUUUUAUGCAGUGUGGCAUGGGAUAUAUCCUUAUGCCUGUGGCUGACUAGUUUUUAUGAAGGCAGAAUAUUUUCCAUCCUUGGGAAGGGGAGCAGUAGGAGUCAAGUCCCACACUUCACCACUCAUGUCACCCCAUGUUCUCUCUUCUUGCUGUUUUAUCUCCUCACUUGUACACAGGAUAGGACUUGUCUGCUUACUGGUAACAGUUUGAAUGUUUAUCCCCUGGCUCUCAUGCCUAAAGCUGAAGUGUUGUGAAAGACUAAUCAUUCAGCUCAACGUUGAUGUAGAGUUAAGUUAAGCUACUGUGAGUUGUUGCAUUUCAAUGAAGGCAUCAUAUAUAUAUAUAUUAUCAUAUAAUCCAAUGUGCUGUCUGUAGCUGGGUUUUCUUCGCAUCUGUAAAACAUGACUCACACUCACUCACUCAAAGUCAUCUGAACAUCUGAAGACAAAUAAAUGCAUGUCUGCCAAAUGCUUAAAUGUAUGAAAUGAAAGCUGACAUGAGCCUUUCCAUUGUGUUUUGGCUCCAUUGUUCUAAGGGGGAUCAGGCCCUGGGCUGGAUAAAGCACCUUGAGACAAUUGUAUUGUUUUGGCGCUAUAUAAAUAAAAUAUAAUUGAA